AAUCAGAGAAGCUUGCUCUGAAAAAGUUCAUUUUGCUUUGCAUCCAAUUUUCUGACUAUUUCUGGCUUUCACUAUUUUUAUUGUAGAAUUUAUAGAAUUAAAAUUAGCAAAAAGACUUGGGGAAUUAUUCAUUUCUCGGCAUACACAUGACAUAGAAUAACCUCGCAAUCCUUUCGGGAUGACAACGACAAUUUUGAUUGGCGCAUAGCUGGAUUUUACCACGAUUAUCUAAUUGACACCGUUUCUAUGGCGUAUAGAAUGAUAAAGUGUCAAAUACACUUUGGGAACUUUUACAUUUUUCUAGAAUAUGCACAUAGACUCGUUGUCAUAACAACGAUUUUGGUCGUAUUUUUUUCCACUGCUGAAAAUUAAUUAGACUCAGACGACAGGUUAGCAUGACAACGAAAUUGGCGACUUCAAGUAACAAAGGUGAAAAGCCAGCUCAGUCGUCAGCCAGAAAUUAUCGAAGUUAGACGUGCGCUCCCAACCAGGAUCUCAGAAAUAUAUUGGAAUUUCUUCGACGGUGGAGUUUUUCGAACCCUUCGAACCAACUGCAGUGUGACAGCUAUGGCACCCCAUCCGGUUCAGAACAAUCCACGAUUGAAACAACUCAAAAUGAUUAGAAUUAAACAUAAAGCUGGAAAGUUAUUGUAUCACGGCAGGAUGAGGAAUGGACAAAUUAUUUCAUCAGGCUUAGUCAUGAUACCAUCGCCACCAAAGUCGAGAUCAACUUGCCGUGUCCCCCGCUUCAACGACCUCUCAGCCACGCCACCAACGUCCAUUCACGCCAUCAGGUCACCAGGUACUCACAAACCGUCAUCAAUUCCUACACAAUUGUCCACUCCAGGCUCAUCAGGUACCGAAAAACCAUCAACUCCUGCACAAGUGUCCACUCCAGGCUCAUCAGGGACCCCGACAUCGUUUCGAAUGUCUCCAUUGCCAGAAAUCUCACCAGUCGUUGAGUUUGCACCAUUAGACCAACAACCAAGCAUCGAAACUAUUUCUGGAAACGACGCUGAUGCUGAUGAAGGACAAAACAAAGGAAUGAGUGGACCCCAACCGGCUCCUCGUCGUCGACUGAAGAACAAAUUUCCUUACGUCAACAUUCGACAAUACUAUAAGAAAUGGUUUGCGAAACCAAUUGAAAAUCUUCUUCCUGAAAAAGUUAAACCAUGCAGUCAAAUUUCAACCUCCAGCGACUCCAUCCCAAUUACUCAAUCUCAAAUAAUCCAACGUUCUUCUUUACAACUAGAAAAACCAGAAAUCGAAAGUCUCCCACCAAUACUAGAACCAGAUGUCGAAAAUCUUCUUCCACCAGAACUAGAACCAGUUAUCGAAAAUCUUCUUCCAUCAGCACUAGAACCAGAAAUAGGACGGCUUUCAUCACGACAAGAACUGAAAUCCCCAAUAGAUCUCUCAGACAAACUCCAAGACAAAGAAUUCAAAAUACCUUUCAUCCCAAUUAAGAAAACGCAGAAACGAAGCCAUCAACGGUUUUUACAAACCUCACUGCAAGCUGAACGGGGCGAACAACACUGCAAAAUUUCAACUCCCCCAACUAAACCUCCUCGAACAAGCGAAAGUAAUUUUCUUCCUGUAGAACUUCCAAUGGAUCUCACAAUGCCACCGCUUAAAGAAAAAGAUACUACAUGCGAUAUCCCGAUUGAGAAGAAGAAAGCUAAAAAUUCCUCAACCACGGAUUAUCCCCGCAGUGAAACGCCUCUUCCAUCAGAGCCACAAGUUUCUCCUCCCAUGGAUUUCAUUCCUGCUCAAGAACAAAGCACCGUCAAUCCGAAGAAAAAGCAGCAAGUUUGCCCUCAACCGGAAGUGAACCAAGAAGGAAAAUUCUCAAAGGGUGCGAGACAAAGGUUGUUUGACUUGUACACCGAGUACACGGCCGCUAUUAUGCAUGAGGUUGGGGAGCAAGAUCGUGAGCAAAACCCUGACCCCAGGGUAGAAAUAAAUCAGAUACGGAUUGCUCAGAAAUAUUUUGAGAAAGUGUUCUUACCACAACUGAGGAGUUUUAUCAGCAGUGCGGAGAUAAUUGCGAAAAUAUCUGUCCUCUUCAACCGGAUUGCACUUCAUAUUUGCACCAGUACCCAACCAUUUUGUUCAAACUGUGGAACUGCUGUCGGUGGUCGAAAGUGCGCGUGUUACAUUGGCAUUAACACGCAAGAAUUGUUGACAAGAAUUGAAAAAAUUUUCGCAAAGGAUCCAGAAUUUGUGGAACAUGGCAAACAGAAAAUCGUGGAGGGUUACAUCAACAAGAAAUACACAAAUGUUGGAGCGAUGCAGGGUCCCCCACCGACGAAAAGGAAAGAAAACAAGACUGCCAAGGUGGACGAAAAUAUUACUGAAGUGGUCAUUGAACAGAGGAAGAAUCAGACGGUGGUUGUGAAUAGGAAACCACAGAAUGGUCAGUUGAACGUGUUUAACAAGUGGAAGAAGUAUCAAGUAAUCAACAUCGACUGAAAUAAUAAUUGGUGCAACACUAUGAAAUUCAGAACAUGCCAUGCCAAUCUCAACCAAUUCAACCAUUGCCGAACUCAGAGAACCAGUUUAUCAAAUAUAAAAUUUCCUACCGUAAAAUUAACGUCAUUUACAACUUGUAAAAUACCAAGAAAUUGUCGUAGCUUUAUAUUAUAGAAAUAUCAACUUUAGAGUUAGUUAAGUAUUUAGUUAAUUAUUUAUUUAGAUGUCUACUCCUUCUAAACUCAAGGUCAAAGCUAUCUAAUUCAUUUGUUUUCUGUCAAGUGAAGUAUUCUAUCAUCCUUAAUUAUGUACGAACCCAUCUUCUAUUUGUUACAGUGGCAUGGCAUGGAACUUUUUAUUAAUAAAAUGUAUCUUAAAUAAUUUCAAA